AUGGAUGUAUCAAAUGCUGAAUUAUUGAUCUUAAAAUAAAAGAAGGGAACAAGGUUGGCAUCCUUUAGUGAGGAAAAUUAUUCUAUUAUUUGGACUUUUGGAGAAAAUUAUGUACUUUAUCCAGAGAGAAAACUAAUUGGCUUUAAAUCUAAAUUAAAUAGUAUCAUGGAUAUAGUUUAUUCUUUUCACCUUCUUUGUUAGAGUGAUACUUAUCUAUAAGUUAUCAAUUAUCAUGAUAAUAUAAUAGCCUAUUCAUUUGAUUUUAAAUAUUAACUCAUUGACUUUCUAUAUGUAAGAAAAUAUGAGAAAUUUGCAACAAUUUGUUAAGGAGAUAUAAUUUCAUAUGCAGUCUAAAAAUUAAUAAUAAUUUAUAAGGAGCUAUGCUAUUAGUUAAUUGUGAAUUUUAUUGAUGUAUUGAUGGAUCAGUCAAAUUUUUUAAUGUUCUUAAAAAUAUCUUAAUUGAUGAAUAUUAAGUAAUAUUUUAAAUCAUAUUGUUUAAGUUAUUUAAUUCUAAAGUACAAGAAAUGCUAAUAGUUAAAUAGAAUAAACUUUUUUAUUAGUGGCCUUUGCUGAAAGUCGAAAAUAGAUAAAAGCAAUCAAGAUUUAAGAGGAUUAAUAUAUAUGA